GCAGCCCGGUCCCUCCCCGCGCCCGGUAGCCGCGCCCUGAGCCCUGCGCCCUGCGCCGAGCGCCGGAGCGGAGCCGGUGACGUCCGGACCCGCGCGGACCAUGGAGACGCAGGCCCGAGGUUUGCUGGAGACAGAGGCGUUGCAAGGAAGAGAUGAGGACGCAGUAGCCAGCGCCGACUUCUCCAGCGCGCUCUCCGAGGAGGAGAAAGAGGAGUUAAAGGCAGAGUUCAUUCAGCUGGAGGACGAAAUCACAACCUUGCGACAAGUGCUGUCGGUGAAGGAGAGGCGCCUGGCGGAGAUCAGACAGCAGCUGGGCAUGAACCUGAUGAGCGAGCUGAAGCAGAACCUGAGCAGGAGCUGGCACGACGUGCAGACCACAGCGGCCUACAAGAAGACGCAGGAGACCCUGAGCCACGCGGGGCAGAAGGCCACGGCCGCGCUCAGCAACGUGGGCACCGCGCUCAGCCGGAAGCUCGGGGACAUGCGCUAUUCCAUUCGCCAUUCCAUAAGUAUGCCUGCUAUGAGGAAUUCUCCUACUUUCAAAUCAUUUGAGGAGAGGGUUGAGACGACUGUCACAAGCAUUAAGACGAAAGUAGGUGGGACGAACCACGGUGGAGGCAAUUUUGAGGAGGUCCUCAGCUCCACAGCCCAGGCCAGCGCGCAGAGCACCUCGGGAGGCCCCCGGCAGGCGGAGGAUGAGGGGCUGCAGUGCUAGACCCCUGCCUCGCAGCCUGCUGGUCACCGCCCAGCCAUCUGCCCCUGCAUCUCCAGACGCGAAGACCAAAAUCCCUCUGACCGAGGCCCAGGGCUCGAAGUUCUUAACUAAACAUCUGCCACCCCAUGCUCAGUCUGAAAGCCUGAUACAUGAUUUCCACUUAAUUUGUGCUGAUAACAGACCACGUGACCAUCACUCACAGUAUUCAUAGACUGUCAUCUUUCCAGUGUCCCAACAGAGCAGGUACCCAGUUGGUUAUAACCCUCAUCUCUGUCACCCAAGGUAUGUUUCCCCGACAUGCAGCAAUGUCUGCUUCUGGUUCCGCUCAGUGCCUUUCUGACAUGCAUGUCCCAGAGGCUGAGCGCAGUCCCUGCAGGGAGAGCUUCACAUGGCAGCUUCUCCAAAAGGACAGCACACGCAAGCUCCCUCAAGCUGCUUGUUAUCUGCUUCAGAUCAAACAUGUGUUUAUUUAAAUGAUUAAAAUAACUGG